ACUGCAGAAAAUUAAUGUAUUUGACCAAUGGCUUUCAAAACAACUAAGUAAAAUUUAUGAGUGACCAGAAAAAUAGAAACAAUAUAGACUUCCGGCCCAAGUAGAAAUACGUGGUAGAUUAUCAUAAAACAUGUUUAAAUAUAUCUUUUCGAAAUACUUGUUUGUAUUAUUGUCUGUACCGGUUCUGAUAAUUGUAUAUGAAAAUAAUAUGUGGAAUUUCUUCAACUCAAGAGUUACAGAGGACUCAUAUCCAACAAUACAGGCCAUGUUAAAACCAGCUCCCUUGAAUGAGACAUUAUUUGUUUAUGGUCGUGGACGACUUGGAAAUUUAAUGUUCAUAUUCGCUGCCGGCUUAGGGUUGGCAGCAAAAACAAGUAAAACACUUCGUGUUUCACCAUAUUUUUGGGAUAGAGGUCGGUGUUUCAACAUUCCACCUGAAUUUAUAAUGAGAAAUAGGUUUAAUAAAAAGCUUCAAAAAUCUGUUGUGUUAAGAGAAGAACUUCCAAGAAAAUUUUCAUCUUCAAUGGUAAAACAAAUCAGUCAGGGGAUUAAUAAACAAUGCUAUGCUUAUGGUUUUCUUCAGUCUUGGAAAUACUUUGAAAAUGUUGAACAUGAAAUAAGGAACUUUUUCAAACAAAAAUUCAAAACAAAGAAAGCUGGUUUAAAUUAUGUUAACCAGUUGAAAAAGAGUAAAAGGCCUAUUGUUGGAAUUCAUGUAAGACUUAGAGAUACUGCAAAUGAUAAACGACUAAGGAAAGGAACUAAAGAAUAUUUUACCACAGCAACUACCUUGAUGAAAAAGCUACUGGGAAAUAGGAGACCACUAUUUGUGUUACUUACCAACGAUCGCCUAAAAGUUCAGGAGCAAUUUAAAGAAAUGAUAGAUAGUGAAGAGGCUACUCUUACUCCUGAACAUUUAUCUGAUCGAUGCGUCGAACUCGAAAUACUAUCAUCAUGUGAUCAUACAAUCAUAACGCACGGGACUUUUGGCUGGUGGGGUGCUUUCUUGUCCAAUGGUUAUACAAUAUAUAUAAAAAAUUAUGCAGUAGAAAAUUUACUGUUUUAUAAUAUUACUGUACCUGAGGACUUUUUUCCAAAGGAUUGGAUUGGUCUAAAUGUAUAGUUAUAUUUAAAAACAACAAAACAGUAUGUUUUAUGUAUGUUGAAUUUUGGCAUUCUGAAUUUAUAUAGUAAUUUAUCAAGUAGGAAUAAGAUAAAUAUACUGAAUAGC